AUGGCCUCCAUCAUCAAGUUGUCUGAACCGGAGAUCGCUGACAACCACCGGGACAGCUGGGUGGCGCUCCUGGCCGCCGCUGACACAUACUGCCAAAAAUCUGGCUGCGAACUGGCCAUUCUGACGGCGUGCAAAAAGUUUCACUCGUCAGCGUCGCAGACAGACGCCGCCACGAAGAAGUGGGAGACCGGCGGCGGCUUUCCCAGGGACUGCGAGUUCUCCUACAGCGUUUGGGGGCAGGGCUUCCUAGCCGAAUCUGCGCGACGCUACGUGGACGACAUUGGCGUGCUGCACUCCACCACUUUGUUGACGGCGCACCGGCACACGCGCCACCCCGCCAUCCGGCUGGCCGUGGCACAGGAGGAUCGCACACAGAAGUCGACGGGCGACAGCGUGUCGGGUGGCAUGAGCCCCGAUGCCCGCCUCUACUCUCAGAAUUACCCGUCCAUUUACAGCAGCUCAGGAGGUGCUCCGGUUCACGGCAAUGACGGCGAACGUGACAAGAGCGCCACCGAGCUUGCCCGGCAAGGCGGGCGGUGCUCGGGCAUCGCCGACCUGGAGGAAGAGUGCGAGGACGAUGAGGAAGACGAAGAGGACGAUGAAGACGAAGAGGACGAGAAGCGAGCCUUUGGCAACGAGAGUGCAGGCGUGUUCUCCAUGGAUGAGGAAUCGUUGAUUCGUGACUGCGAGCCCUUCUUUGAGUCUGAUGGUGAGGAAGAGAGCACCGACGGCUCGCUGAGCGAAGAGGCACCGGCGCCUGCACGUGGAAUGGCUGUAGGCCACCACAUUGCGUCCCGGCAGACCCACUCCAUGGCGCUGGCCCGCUCUCUACCCGUCUCGGUGCCUGUGUGGGGGUGCAAGACGGGACGGGCAGCGCAGGGGGAAGGCAACAGCGGAGAACGGGUGGGAUGCGCCGACCUGGAGCACAUCGCCGCCAGCAUGAAAGCCCUACUGGCCCCCGGGGCCAACGACGGGACCGAAAUGUUUGGGGCCCUGCCUCGGCCCCGUGUCAACACUGGCGACUUCUCGCUCAAGCACUGA